AAUCCAUCUUGUUGUGCCAUCUCAUCACCUCAUUUCCCACCGAAACCGCUCAGUACAAAUGCUUGCACAACCUAUCAACAUCCCGAAAUGGCUUGAAGAGAACGGAGACCUUCUCCAGCCCCCGGUCAACAACUACUGCCUGCACCGUGGUGGCUUCACUGUGAUGAUUGUUGGUGGGCCUAACGAGCGUACCGACUACCACGUUAACCAGACACCGGAGUACUUCUACCAGUACAAGGGGGCCAUGACUCUCAGAGUCGUUGACGAUGGUGAGUUCAGAGACAUCACCAUUGGCGAAGGAGAGAGCUUCCUCCUUCCGGGGAACACCCCACAUAAUCCGGUGAGGUAUGCAAACACCGUGGGCAUUGUUGUUGAGCAAGAUAGACCAGAUGGUGUUAACGACCAGAUACGGUGGUACUGUUCCAACUGUAAGGAGAUCGUUCACAACCUGACCUUCUACUGCAGUGACCUGGGAACUCAGGUGAAGGAUGCCAUCUUGAGCUUUGACGCUGAUGUCGAGGCAAGAACCUGUAAGAAGUGUGGUACGCUGAACUACUCCAAGCCUCAGUGAUACAACGACUCUCUGUAUUUACACCACUGUUGUCUCUGUGAUCAGAACGCUCACAGCACACAGCCAGUAGUGGUAUUAUUAUGAUCAUUAUAGCUCAAACUUGUCCCUUAACCAAGUAGUUAGCCGGUUCAUUAAGACCCCGUAUGAGUUGUGGUAGUUGAUGUUGUGAUUGGAAUCUGGGUAGAUCAUAAGAUCAAAAUUCACAACAGCGUGUAGGUUGAACAAGUCCAAUAGUUUGUAAGUAUUCUGAAUGUGCACAUUAUCAUCGCCUGUUCCAUGCAUCAGAACA